AUGGAUUUGUCUACUGAUGUGUGGGGGCAGUUGGCGUUGGAGGCUAGUCAAGUGUAUUUAGGUGAAGACGGUAAAGUGAGGAGUCCGUUCGCUAACACGACUAUAGAAAAAUUACCCGACAAGGUUUUGUUGAAUAUAUUUUCGUAUUUAACACAUCGGGAAAUAUGUCGCAUGGCCACAGUUUGCAAAAGAUGGCGUAUGGUUGCAUACGACACCCGCUUAUGGACGCACGUCAGUCUAAGGCCAGAGAUUUCAGGAUUACAUGUCGGGUCCCUGGAGUCACUUCUAGCAUUAAUUUCGAUAAGAUUUGGUCCUUCACUGAGAUACAUCGAACUCCCGAUAGAAUUAAUUACACAUACGGUACUACACGAACUCGCAGCUAAAUGUCCCAACUUAACUCACAUGCUGUUGGAUUUUAGUACAGCUAUGCAACUCCACGACUUCUCGGAGAUGCAAGCCUUCCCAACGAAGCUGCGGUACCUGUGCAUCUGUCUUUCCGAAGUCAUUUUCAUGGAAGGUUUCAUGCGCAAAAUAUACAACUUCAUCAAUGGCUUGGAGAUUCUGCACCUCAUAGGAACCUACGAGAAGAUAGAGGAAGAAGAGGAGGAGAUAUAUGAAGUAAUUAACGUGCACAAGCUCAAGUCGGCCACUCCGAACUUGCGCGUAAUCAACCUGUACGGCAUCAACUUUGUCGAUGACUCCCACAUUGAUGCCUUCAGCUCCAAUUGCAUACAGUUGGAGUGUUUAGCAGUGAACUUCUGCAACAAAGUGACAGGUUCCACCAUGAAGACUCUGUUCCAACGCUCCAGGAGGCUCACCUGCCUGCUCAUGAAUGGAUGUAGUCUCCAAUCAGAAUAUGUGAUGCAAGUAGAAUGGGAGAAGUCUUCCAUCCAGGAGUUAGACGUGACUGCGACGGAUUUAUCCACUGAGUGUCUUAUCGACAUGCUCUCAAGGAUUCAGAACUUGAGGUUCCUGAGCGCUGGGCAGAUCAACGGCUUCAAUGAUUCCGUACUAAAGGCCUGGGUGGAAGCCGGAACUGCAAGGAACCUGGUGGCUCUGGACGUGGACUCGUCGGACAGUCUGUCGGACGAGGCGCUGCACCGCUUCCUGUCGCGGCACGGGGGGCAGCUGCACGGGCUCGUGCUCAGCGGCAUGCCGCACAUCACCGACCAGCUCUGGCAGAGCGUGCUGCAACUACUCGUCAACGCUAAAAUCCUCAUCAUGGGUACCCAGGAACGCCUUGGGGUGAACAUUCACGUUGAUCAGUUAAUGGACGGUAUAGCGAACAGCUGUCCGAACCUGGAGCGUCUGGAGCUGCGCUGGGACCCCGAGAACCUUCGCUUCAGCGACAAGAGUCAAAAGGCCAUUGACAUACUUCGAGUCAAAUGUCUCAAGCUCAAGUGUUUAGUGCUCAGCGACGGCCGUUACUACGAGAUCGUCAAGGCAAACUUCGAGCGCGCCGACCGCACCACCGUCGUGCGAACCUCCACCAACUGCCGCGUCUCCAACUAUUACCUACUGUCUAACUACAAAGACCUUAUAUUUAAUUAA